UCCCGCUAAGCUAGGAGUUGGACUCUGACUAGGGGAAACUAACCUUCAGGGCCGCCGCUGGCGCCUAUCGGAUGGUAAAAUCGUGGUCGCGAUAUAAGAAGACAAGGGAAAGUACCAGAUCCAUGCCUACCGUACCAUCCUGUUUCAUAUCAGCUACUCCGAUUCCACCACUUGAAUACCUCGUUGAAGCAAUGCCAAAGCAAAACAAGUCGGUUUUGCAAAAACAGUACAGGAACAAGGAGCUCGAUGGGUUUUCCUUGGUACGGAAGGAGAUUCGUCAUGCUACUGGAGGAGAAUUGGACCCCAAGACGAGACAAGAUGUUCUACGAAAAGCUGCACGGCUGAUCAGGGAGCUUUCAGUGUUGAACACAAAGUUGCAACACCAACUUUAUAAUGCCCCUCACACCCGGGGCUCUGAAAUACCACCAAGUUAUGUGGGAGGGGUCCCGACAACACUUAGUAGUCCUUGUACGGAGGGCCCAUAUUCCCCAGUGCUUUACGAAUAUUUUAUCGAGCAACCAAACAACUCCUGCCAGCUCGCAGGCAUACCGCCAAGUGAAUUUUAUUCAUGUAUCAUCGGCCAGGUGAAUCCUCAUUGGAGUCCGGGUCGCCAGUAUUAUAACCAUAGUGAACACAUAUAAGUACGUUUAGGACUAUAAUUUACAUCAACUUGUACCUGCGAUAGUUAGAUACUAUCUAUCGGGGGUCGACUUACGGAGUACUAUGAAUCACAUGCAUUAGAUUCUC